UUUGCAGGAAGACGCUCUUUAUUGGUAAUUAUCUCAAAUUUCAAUUACAGUUCUUCUUUUGUUUAGGGUUUUAAGGACUUCAUGCAAACCAAUUGUUUUGCUCUUCUUUGAAGAAACUGCGGUAAAAUUUCUUGAGUUUGCUGGGUUCGCUUUCUGUGACCUAAAAGAUGCUUCCUCUUUCUCUCCUUAAGACUGCACAGGGCCACCCAAUGUUGGUGGAACUGAAAAAUGGGGAGACUUACAAUGGACAUUUGGUCAAUUGCGACACUUGGAUGAAUAUCCAUCUCCGUGAAGUCAUAUGUACAUCUAAGGAUGGAGAUAGGUUUUGGAGAAUGCCCGAAUGCUAUAUACGUGGAAAUACUAUUAAAUAUCUUCGAGUUCCUGAUGAGGUGAUUGAUAAAGUUCAGGAAGAAACCAAGAGCCGCACAGAUCGGAAGCCACCUGGAGUGGGGCGUGGAAGAGGACGAGGUAGAGAGGAAGGUGGAAGGCCAGUGAAAGGCAUUGGGCGUGGCCUUGAUGAUGGAAGUGCCAAGGCUGCUGGUGGAGGCCGUGGCAGAGGUGGUUCAGGUGGAAAGACAGGUGGAAAUAGAGGCGCAGGGCGGGGCAGGGGCUGAUGCAAGAAAUGGUAUCCGAUCACUUAUCACUUUGGGCUGGUUUUGCUGCUUUUGGAGGCAUUUUGCUCCCAGCUUUUAUGUGAACAGUUAUUGCUUAGAUCAAUUCCGAGAAUGGCUGGUUCUUGUAUGUUUCAAGUAUAGUUAAUUUUAUAAAGAUUAUUGAAGCUGGUAUUAAAAUGUUUCCAUUGUGAACUACCAUUAUAUCCUGUUUCUUUGUUCUCUUGUAUGCGGAGUUGAUUCACUUUAUGGUUUGAGACUACCUAUUGUUGCACUCUCUCUUUUAACUCUUGUAUGAAGAUGGGUGAUUAUGAUAAA